AUGACGCGCCCCCGUUACCGCCUGUUUCGCCGUCUGUCGUGGAUCUGCGUCCAAUGCAGAGCCAAUCACUCCGUCGCGUCGAACAAUUCUUCUCCGCGGGUCCUCCGCACCGGCAAGAAGGGCAAAGGUGGCCUGCCUGAUGGACCUGCCCGGACGCGUUUUGCCCCCUCGCCCACCGGUUAUCUUCAUCUCGGCUCGCUGAGGACGGCGCUGUUCAAUUAUCUGCUGGCCAAACGAACCGGAGGGCAGUUUUUGCUGCGCAUUGAAGAUACAGACCAGAAAAGAACGAUCCCGGGCGCAGAAGAGCGCUUGUACGAGGAUCUCCAGUGGGCUGGGCUACAAUGGGAUGAGGGCCCUAAUGUGGGUGGCCCUUAUGGCCCGUAUAGACAGUCCGAAAGAACCGCCCUUUACCGGUCUCACGCUGAACAAUUGAUCUCAACCGGCCAUGCAUACCGCUGCUUCUGUAGUGCAGAGCGUCUGGACGCUCUAGCAAGACAUCGCAACCAGGCGGGACUGCCCAUUGGAUACGACCGAAAGUGCUUCGAUAUCACCCAAGAAGAGUCAGAGGAGAGGGCCGCAAAAGGUGAACCGUAUGUUGUUCGGUUAAAGGCAGACGGAUAUCCGCUGUUCGACGACCUGGUGUAUGGGAAGACUGGGCAGAAUCGAAAUGGUGGGAAGAAACACCUGGAUUUUAUCGAUCGAGUCUAUGAAGAUCCGAUUCUGCUGAAGUCUGACGGCCAUCCAACCUACCACCUUGCGAAUGUUGUGGAUGACCACACUAUGAAGAUCACUCAUGUGAUCCGGGGCACUGAAUGGAUGGCUUCGACGCCAAUGCACGUCGCCUUGUAUAACGCCUUCGGCUGGACUCCUCCGCAAUUCGGCCACGUACCGCUGCUGGUCGACAAGAACGGACAAAAGUUGAGUAAGCGCAAUGCCGAUAUCGAUAUAUCGUUUUUCAGAGACGUGGAAGGCAUCAUGCCCGCAGCAUUGGUAAACUUUGCAGCCUUGUUGGGUUGGUCGCAUACCCAGAAGUCAGAUGUUUUCAGUCUAGAAGAAUUGAAAGACAUCUUCGAUCUCAAGAUUACAAAAGGCAAUACGAUUGUUGCCUUUGAAAAGCUGUGGUUCCUUCAGAAGGCGCACGCGCAGCGCUUUGCGGCCCAAGGCGGCGCCGAGUUUGAACAAAUGGUGAACAGAACUUGCGAGGCUGCAGAGAAGAUGUGGUCGAAAGAGCAAUUAGACUCCGUCCUGCAGGGUCGGACUCUCGCCAGCUAUAUCACCCCUCUGCUGCGAGCAGACGCCAAAUCGUACACGAAACCCGAAGAGUUCUUGACUCGCAACCAGACCUUCUUCACGACGUCUCUGCAGCGUCCGCCCUACGAACCCGCUGCAUCUGGCAAGAACGCAUCCUCAGGGAGCUCAAGUCCAGUAGUGCCGCUCUCAGCGCUGCACACAGCAGCAGCGGCUCUCUCACUCGUCCCCGAGAGCCACUGGAAUGCAGAGACGCACCGCUUCAACAUUUCGUCCUACGACGGUGCCGGAGCCGUCGCCGACUCGGUGUCUCCGGCCGAUGUCAGUGACGAUGAGGCGGCCAGAAUCGCCAAGGACAAAGCCUUCAAGAAGGAACUCUACCACUACCUCCGCUGGGCCCUGUCCGCAGGGGCUCCCGGACCGGGAAUACCAGAGACGAUGGAAAUCCUGGGCCGCGCCGAGUCAGUGCGAAGACUCGAAGAGGCACGCAAACUGACGAUGUCUGCCGAGUCGCAGCAUAGCAGCAGCGUCAAAACCCCUCUUGCAUUCAGCCUGAAUGGGGGGAAAGCAGGAGGAUCCAAGGGGGCGAACGACGCAGAUCACUCGUGGAUGGGCUCCCUCGCCCCGAAGAAUAAUAAAUGA